AUGCUCUCCUGCCCCUCUCUCCGUCCUCGUCCCGCCCAGGCUCUUAAGAACCGGCUUCUUCUCUCCCCAACUUCUAGCAUUCGCGCCCGCUCCUCUCCCAUCGUCGCGACACCUUUGCUCCAGGGUAGAGGCAUUGCUACAGCCACCCCGUCCACCAUUCUUCCCCGACAAAGCACUCUGGCUCUCCGCUCCUCCUCUUCGGUCGCAUCCCGUCUCUCUGCUCUCACUAGACAUUUCUCAUCCUCCUCCUCGGCUGCUGACGCAAACAACAUGGCCCCCACUGAGGUCAAGCAAUAUGACUACAUCGUCAUCGGUGGUGGUAGCGGUGGUAGCGGUAGCGGACGCAGAGCUGCCGGCUGGUAUGGCGCAAAGACCUUGAUUGUGGAAAGUGGUCGCUCCGGAGGUACCUGUGUCAAUGUCGGCUGUGUCCCCAAGAAGAUGACCUGGAACUUCGCCUCCAUCAACGAGACUCUCCACGUCGCCAAGCACUACGGCUACGACGUCUCUGAGAAUGUCGACAAGAAUUACCGCCACUUCAAGGAAAUCCGCGACUCCACUAUCAAGCGCUUGAACGGAAUCUACGAGCGCAACUGGGGCCGCGAGGGCAUUGAUCUUGUCCACGGCCGCGCCGGUUUCGUCGAGCCCAAGACCAUCGAGGUGACGCUCGAGGACGGCUCCAAGGCACGGUACUCGGCCCCUCACAUUCUGAUUGCGGUCGGUGGACGGCCCAGCAUCCCGGACAUCAAGGGCGCUGAGCACGGUAUCACCAGCGAUGGCUUCUUCGAGAUCGAAGAAUUGCCUCCCAAGAUUGCCGUUGUCGGUGCGGGAUACAUUGCGGUGGAGUUGGCCGGUGUCAUGGGCGCUGUUGGAUGUGAGACGCACAUGUUCAUCCGUGGCGAGACGUUCCUGCGCAAGUUCGACCCCAUGAUCCAGAACACUAUGACGGAGCGCUACGAGGCCUCUGGCAUCCACAUCCACAAGAAGCACCCUGGUCUUAAGGAGGUGCAGCUCAUCCGCGAUGGUAAGGGCAAGGACAAGCUGCUCAAGCUUAUCUCGAACGACGGUUCGGAAAUGGAGGUCAACGAGCUCCUCUGGGCCGUGGGUCGCCUGCCCGAGGUUGAGGACCUGAACCUCGAUGUCCCCGGCGUUAAGCUGAACAAGUCCGGCCACAUCGAAGUCGAUGAAUACCAGAACACCAGUGUCGACGGUGUUUAUGCUCUGGGUGAUGUGACUGGUCACGCCGAGUUGACUCCUGUUGCUAUUGCCGCCGGUCGCCAACUCGGCAACCGUCUCUUCGGCCCUGACGAAGUUCGCGACUCCAAGCUUUCCUAUGACAACAUCCCCACGGUGGUCUUCUCUCACCCCGAGGUCGGUACCGUAGGUCUCACCGAGCCCGAAGCCCGUGAGCGCUACGGCGAUGACCAGAUCAAGAUUUACCACACUCGGUUCACGGCCAUGUACUACGACGUGAUGCCGGCUGAGGAGAAGAAGAAGAACCCGACCGAGUUCAAGCUGGUCUGCGCCGGUCCGGAGGAGAAGGUUGUUGGCUUGCACAUCCUGGGUCUGGGAGUGGGAGAGAUGCUCCAGGGUUUCGGCGUCGCUGUGAAGAUGGGCGCUACGAAGAAGGACUUUGACAGCUGUGUGGCUAUUCAUCCUACCAGUGCUGAGGAAUUGGUUACAUUGCGGUAG